AUGUUGUUGUCAAUACACCAACUGGAAAUAUUUCUACGGGUGCUUUGGUUACAAUUACUUGGACAAUUACUGGUGCUGCGCCAACGAUAGCGGGAUCUUUAAGAAUACGUAAUAAAGCGACAAGCGAGGAUACCACGAUAGACGAAACAAUAGAUCUUUCCAAAUUAAGUAAACAAUGGAAAGUCAGUGUUCAGCCGGGACAGUAUUUAUUCGUUAUUAAUGAUGGUAGUGGUGAAAAAUUUUCUGGUAACUUUAACGUGGUUAACGGAGUUCCGUUGUCUGACGUCCCUUCGGAUCCGACUGAUGGGACUCCUGCAUCACCUGCAUCACCAGAACCUCCAUCACCUGCAUCACCAGCAACACCAGCAGCAGGCAAUUCACCCACAGCUGCUCCUUCGCCUGCGGCUAAGCCUCCAAAUAGCGGUGCUCCUAAUAGUAAUUCAUCAGCUAUUUCUCCAUCAGGUUCAAAUCCUGCAAAGUCUACAGGUCCAACUACCUCAGCUACCAC